AGCAAACAACAUUAUCCGGAGGCGGAAACAGCGAGGUACGCAGGAGUGGCUAGCAACCAGCGCAGCCUACUGUGCAGAGGUCCAGGGAGGUUUUUCCACCUUUAUUUUAACAUUGAGAGGAACAUUCCCGUUUGACAGGAUAUUGAUGUCAUUUUGUGGAACCCAAAACGGCGGCCGCCGCAGCAAAUGGGACCAGCCCGGCCCCGGUCCUGGCUCGGGUGGGAUGGGGGAGGCAGAAGCUGCACCCACCGGGGCUCUGGAUGCUGCGGCUGCUGUGGCUGCCAAGAUCAAUGCUAUGUUGGUUGCUAAAGGCAAACUCAAACCCUCACAGAUAGGCAUCCCGGGACCUUCUGACAAGGCUGUAGGUGUCUGGAAACCUCCAAUGUCAACAAAGGCCAAAGAUGACCUGGUCGUCGCUGAGGUGGAGAUCAACGACGUCCCGAUCACCUGUCGGAAUCUGCUGACACGCGGACAAACGCAGGAUGAGAUCAGUAAAGUGAGCGGUGCUGCAGUUUCAACCAGAGGCCGUUACAUGGCAGCAGAUGAGAAGGGCAAAGCGCUACCAGGGGAUCGACCUCUGUAUCUGCAUGUCCAAGGACAGACUAGGGAGCUUGUCGACAGGGCAGUUAAUAGAAUCAAGGAGAUAAUAACCAAUGGUGUGGUGAAGGCUGCAACUGCCUCAUCUUCCUCUUCGCCGUUCUCCCCGAGUGGGGCUUCAGUCACAGUUUACCAGCAGCACAACCCACCUCCUCCUUCACUGCCCCCCAUGACACACCACAAACCACACUAUCAGUCUGGGAUGCAUUAUGUUCAAGACAAACUCUUUGUGGGCCUGGAGCACGCUAUCCCGGGGUUUGUGGUCAAAGAGCGGGUCGAGGGCCCUGGCUGUUCGUAUCUGCAGCACAUCCAGGCUGAGACUGGGGCCAAAGUCUUCCUUAGAGGGAAAGGAUCAGGCUGUUUAGAGCCUGCCUCUGGACGAGAGGCCUUUGAACCCAUGUACAUCUACAUAAGUCACCCUAAACCAGAAGGACUUGCAGCAGCAAAAACAUUGUGUGAGAACCUGCUUCAGACGGUCCAUGCAGAGUAUUCCCGCUUCCUCAACCAAAUGAGCUCCAUGAUGCCAACACAACAAGGCUUUGCACAGCCUCCAGUGGUGAAUGGGAUGCCUCCGCAGCCUCCUUACUACCCCCCUGCUGGAUACCAGCCAGGCUAUGCCAUGCCCGUACCACCACCUCAACCACAACCUGUCUCUCUACCUUACACUGUCCCACCCCCAUUACAUCCUGCAGGUGUGCCUCCUCAGUACUCCCUCCCCCCUACCCCCAUCCCUGCUCUCUCCCACACUCUUGCUCCAGCUGCUGCCAUGGCACCUCCUCCUGCUUCAGGCACGAUGCCACAGACUCUUCCUCCUGUACCUUUUCCUCCAUCAGCUGCAGCACCACCCAAAGUUCCACUUCCUGCCGCUUCAGUCAACCCACCACAGAAAAGACGCUUCACGGAGGAAGUCCCAGACGAGAGGAACAGCGGCCUACUUGGAUACCAGCAUGGACCCAUUCAUAUGACUAAUUUAGGUGCAGGCUUCCCAGUGGGCAGCCCAGAGACUACAGGACCCCCACCACAGAGUUCCUCUGGCCCACCGAGUGAGAGGGACAGUAGGCAGCUAAUGCCUCCACCUCUGCUGCCUGUGAAUGGAGUGAGACCCAAGAUGGAGGAGAGAAGGGCACCGCAAGGCCCCGUGGAGCCCACAGUGAAGAGAUUGAAAACUGGUUUGGUGGCGUACACCGGCGACUCCUCUGAUGAAGAGGAAGACCACUCAAUCUCCAAAGCCACUGGGCAAGGUAACCCUGGAGCAGUUCCCCCCUCAGGCUGGACACAGGGCUAUCGCUGCCCUCCUCCACCACCUCGUGCUAAAACACAGCCACAGCAGCAGUCUAUGCCUUUCUGGAUGGCACCAUAAAACAGGAAAAAACUCUCUCAGUGCUUUGUGCCGAGUCUUACAGGAUGUUCACCCAAACUGUCUUUUUCCACCACUCAUCAACCUUCAUCACGUGGAUGACCCGUAACAGCGACAUGUUGGUUGCAGCAUUAUUUUAGUACUUUAGUACUUGGGUCCAAAUGGACAUACUUAAGUUUUGGAAAAAAACGUUCUUUUGGUGCGCACAUUAUAGUUUGAAGAUGAACAUUUGCAGGACUGAUACUCAAAACUAUUUUGUGGAUGUAUAGAUGGUCAGAUGAGCGAUAAUCUGCCUCCAGUUUUAUUUGGAAAGAUUUGAAAACCGAUGCCAGGUGAAGUGUUUGAAUAUAGUUUCUUUGUAAAAUAAAUAAACAAUAUCACAAGGUGAUGUUGCACAUCACUGACCACUUUUCAUUUAUCCUUAGUACAGCUUUUUGUCACCUUUCCUUUCGCCCUGUCCAAGUCAGUGACACCAUCUCUUCCUAUUCUGGUCUUUUUGUACAGAUCAUAUUGGACUAAUAUGUAGUAAACCUAUUGAAUUUAUUUCAUGCUUUUGUGAAAUAAAUAAACUUAAUUUAUUGCCGUG